AUGCCAUCGAAUGAAUCUUAUCAACGAUAUCAUACUGCAGCAAUAGGACAAAGUCGACGAAGAACAGAUGUUUAUUCUAUUGAAGGACUUAUUGAACACGUUUGGGGCAGACUUCCAUUUGAUUCCACCUCCACACGCAUGUCAUCAACCUCAGUAUUAAAACGCGCAAUUCCCAACACCUCCCGUUAUCCAACAUCAAACUAUCAUCAUGAUAUAUUCCUUGCCAAAUCGUCUUCGUCAUCAUCAUCAAGUAAAGACGAUGACAAUGACGAUGAAGUCAAAACUCUCGAUGAUACUAUACCUGAAAACGAGUCAAAUAUUCGCCGAAAUCCGAUGUUAAAUAUUCGUCCCAAUAGAAAAGAGAUCGGUGGUCCGUUGAUCCAGGAAUUACUUCAAUCGAAUAUGAAUUUGAAAAAGGAGAUUCGUGAUAUUCGUCGACAAAUCAAACAUGCUAAUGGAUCAAAUAAACAACGAAUUGAACGUGUUAUUAACAAUCCAAGUUGUUCACGUCAAACGAAGAUUUUCGAUGACGAAGAAGAUUGUUCAUUCGCACCGCCUAUUGAAAAUGAUUCCUAUGACGAUUUAUUAACAAACAAGACUAAAUUACAGUAUUAUAAAAAUGAAGCCACACUUUACAAACAACAACUCGAUCAAUGUCAAGAAACGAUCGUUCAUCUCCGAAAAACCAUUCAUUCAAUGGAAAAACGAAUUGAACACUUAAAAUGUUCUGAAAAUCGACAAUUAGAAAACGCAUCUCAUCAACAUGAAAGCUAUCCCUUAACUUCGAAUAACAAUACAGACCAUCGAUUCAUCCAUGAACUGUUUCAUUUAUGUAUUAAAUACGCUCCAAAAUCAUCGAAAUUGAAAACAAAUGUUCCCAGUCACCAAGAUAUGAAAAAAUAUAUCCGACAGACAUUUACAGAUUUCAUUCGUAGCCCAUCAUCAUCGUCGUCGAAAAUAAGCGCCAAUCGAAAUUAUGAUAAUGGACAUUUCGUUUGUAAAUGCUCGGAUCGAAGCCAAACCGACCACCGUCCAACGUAUCAGUAUUGCCUCAAUUUAAUUGAACAAUGUCAAUCAUUAUUUGAUGUUACAUGUUACACACAGUUAUCAACAGCUCUGAAUGAAUUGUACUAUCGACAUGGAGAAUUGGCGAAUUUUAAACGAUCGAUCGCGAGUACACUUGGGAUUACUGAAAGUUCCAGAGUAGUGAGUUGUCCGAAAUUAAUUAAAACUCUACAACGAACGUUAGACGAUGCCAAAUCUAAUGAAUUGAUUACAUUUAAAAAAAUGGCAAAAAUCAAUGAUAUGAACGAAGCGAUUUCGAAAAUUCGUUCGUAUGAUGAUUUCGUUCCUUAUUACCAUCAAUUCAUUGAACAAAUGGCCAAUCUACUUGAGGUGUCGAAAGGUGAUGAAAUCAUGCCAGCUAUCAAAACCCUGAAAUUACUUGCACAUACGGAUAGUUAUCGUCCAAGUACGACUUCUCACAGUUUGACACGUGCAUCAUCAUUGAACAAUCACAAAGAAACUUUUGAAAAGCCUCUUACUCAAUCUCGUUCACUUCGCGUUCUUUCAUCAAAAUCCAAUGAUGAAAGUAAUACCGACAGUUUAAUGAAAUCACAUACAGAAACUAACGAACGAAUUCAUGAUGAAGAUUCGCAUUGA